UCUCACCUUUUUCCGAUUUUAAUUCGAUUCAAAUCCCUAAAAUUUUUUUUUAUAUAAAUCCAAUUCUUCUCCUCAACCUCCAUCACGAAUCCAUUACCAAUCCAGAGCCAUACGCCGGCGACGAGCGGAGUCAGAGAAGGAGGAGGGGGAUCGGGAGUGGCAUCAAUGCCGAGCGUCGGCGUGAAGCUUUAUAGCAUGUUUUUCAAGUUCUUGCUCAAGCAUCGACUGCAGAGCCUGAGCCAUGGCAGCCCGGAGACGCCCUUCGGCGUCACGUCGCGGCCGGAGGAACCCUCCGCACCGGCCAACCCAUCCUUCGCCUCCGAUGGCGUCGCCACCAAAGACAUCCACAUCGACCUGCUGACGUCUCUGUCAGUCCGGAUCUUCCUCCCUGAAUCAUCCCUUGAUCUCCCUAGAUCUCUCUCCGAUGACCCUUUCCGCCCCCGCCGUAGUAGCGAUGCGGGUAUCGCCGGUAUCGGCUGUCCGCCUUCAGAUCAUGGCCGUCGAAGUAGCUAUGACAGCCCAGUGGAGCCCGGCUGCGCGUAUGGGGGCUACCUGCCGACGGUCGACACGCGGAGGCGGUCGACCUCUCGGAGACUCCCUGUGAUGGUGCAGUUUCACGGAGGGGCUUUCGUAUCCGGGAGCAAUACGUCGGCGGCGAAUGAUUUGUUUUGUAGGAGAAUUGCGAGACUGUGUGAUGUGAUCGUGAUCGCCGUUGGAUAUAGACUGGCGCCGGAGAGUCGGUUCCCGGCGGCGUUCGAGGAUGGAUUGAAGGUGUUGAAUUGGCUGGCAAAGCAGGCGAAUUUGGCGGAGUGUAGUAAAUCCUUGGGCAGUGGGAAGGGAGGAGAGGGGAAGCGGGCUGAUGGCCAUAGGUACAUUGUUGAUACGUUUGGGGCGUCAAUAGUGGAGCCAUGGUUGGCUAUUCAUGGUGAUCCUUCGAGGUGUGUUCUUCUUGGUGUGAGUUGUGGUGCAAACAUUGCCGAUUAUGUUGCUCGCAAAGCAGUUGAGGCUGGAAAGCUUCUAGACCCAGUCAAAGUCGUCGCUCAAGUGCUGAUGUACCCUUUCUUCAUCGGAACUGUUCCCACCCGCUCCGAAAUAAAGCUAGCAAACUCCUACUUCUAUGACAAGUCCAUGUGCCUACUUGCUUGGAGAUUGUUCUUACCAGAGGAAGAGUUCGAUCUUGACCAUCUAGCGGCAAACCCUCUCAUUCCUGGUAGAGGUCCUCCUUUGAAAUGCAUGCCUCCAACCCUCACGGUAGUAGCAGAGCAUGACUGGAUGAAAGAUCGUGCAAUUGCCUAUUCUGAGGAGCUUCGAAAGGUGAAUGUCGAUUCCCCUGUCCUCGAAUACAAGGACGCGGUUCAUGAGUUUGCUACACUAGACAUGCUCCUCAAGACCCCAGAAGCACAGGCCUGUGCUGAUGACAUUGCCAUCUGGGUGAAGAAGUACAUAUCGCUCCGAGGUCAUGAAUUCUCAUAUUAGAUGCUCAACCCAUUAUAUACAGAGGGAAGAGCAUCGCCUGCAUUUACUCAUUGCCGCAUUCUAGAUUUUCCAUUUCCGGCCGAUUAGAUUGUAUUUAGUUGAUUUCAAUAUCGGUGAAGAACUACAUCUCUUUACGGUCAUGAAUUCGAGAUUAGGUUCCAAGUACAUUAUAUACAGAGGGAAGAGCAUCACCUGCAUUUUACUCAUUUGUCAAUUUGAUUUUAAAUUCUUAUCACUUCACUAUGUAUCCAGUUGAUUCCCUUUA